AUGGCCAACCACAGCUCAUAUUCAGGGCUGCCUCAUGGCUACAGUUUCUCCGAUCCUCCACAACAACCUCCAGUACAAAACCGUACCUCAUAUCUCGGAGAACAGCAGUACGGUUAUAGCUUUGUCGAUCCUCCACAGCAACAGCAACCUUCAUCAGGCCCAUCUAUCCCUAGUCACCACCAUUACUACUCUGGUCAGCAGCAUGGAUAUCCGCCUGUUGAUAAUCACGGUCCUCGCUACCCUCCAUCAGGCAACCAAGGCUAUCCUCCACCUGGAAACCAGCAUCAUGAAUCAUCUCAACAAGCAUCUAGUUCAUUCCGUAUGCCAAGCCCGAACCCUUAUCGAGUUUCGUCUCCCCCUGGUCAUUUAUCACAAGUAUACCCUCCCGUAGACUAUCAAGUCUACGAAAAUCAGCAAUCCGACAUCUAUCCUCCUCAACAAAACUACAAUCAGGCAAUGCCCCUUUAUCCAGCACCAGGUUACUCAAGACCAGUGACUAAUGACUUCAAUGGAUACAACUCUUACCAUAGGGGAGAAACCAAUAACUCGUAUCCUAAUACCAUAACUGACCAACAUUCAAGCUACAGAUCAAGCUAUGUUUCUCACAGACCUGUCAUCCCAUCCACAAUCGAACGACCAAAGUACAGUACCGAGGACGAAAACAACGAUUUGGGAUUUAUUCCUGUAUCACCAGACUCUUCUGACGAUGAAGAAUAUGUAUCCCAACAACCACCAGUACAAAACAAAGAAAACUAUACACGGGCUCCUACCCAACUCACCCACGCCCAGGAAUUAGCGAACGCCAUUACCGAGCAGCUGGCCAGACAGACCUUGGAUAAUAAUAACCCGGUGCUUUAUCCCGGAGCUAGGCAAUCAUCCCUGAGCGUGUCUGAAAAUAAACCCGGCCCACUUGUUCACGAACAAGAUAUUACCCCAACACCACAAAAGCCAGAUUACAGUCUUCUUUCUGUAUUGGCGCAGCAGUUUCUAAGUCUCAUACAUAACCUUGAGAAUGUACGAGAAUUGUUUUGCGUGAGCGAAUACCCAGAAUCUUUCACUGGACAAGAGGCUGUGAAAGCUAUAUAUUCUAUUCUUGACAAGCAUGUCCCGGAAGAGUACUGUGUAAAGGUAGCCACGGCCUUGAUGCGCGGAACCCCAUCUUUGUUUAAACCCGUUCCCUACUGUCAAAAAUCAGUGAUGACAAAUUCUGUGUAUAACUCGCCGGAUGAGGUUUAUACGUUUGAUGAAGAUGCUAGACCUAAUGAUCUACCAAUUGGUGUCUACACGAAUUUAACCAAGUGCUAUGUCUAUGACUGUCUGCCAGACCAAGGAGGCUGCUAUGCCCCCAGGUGUCCUAAUAAACCCGUUUCAGUAGCAAAAAAAUUAUUUGUAUCCCCAAUACGAUUUGUUGACUCUGGCAAUCACUUGCAGCUAUCUACCAGUCUCUCCCGACAAUCUUCUAUAAAAUACCCUCAGGAAGACGAUAGCAACGCUACAUCUUACCCUCAUUCGGCUUGGGCUGCGCGUGUACCCAAAGAACUCUUAGAAAGCCUCAGCAGUAGAGAAAGAGCUCGCCAAGAAGCAAUUAACGAACUUAUUUAUUCUGAAGAACAAUACCGCGAUGAUCUCGAUAUUCUCCAUGAUGUCUACGCUUCUCCACUUCUUAACAGUGGCAUUCUCGAUAAGGAUAAGCGCAUUGCGUUCGUUAAAGAUGUCUUUAACAAUUAUCAAGAUCUGCGAGAUGUUAGUGCAGCUUUGUUCAAAGAUCUUAGAGAGCUUCAGCGACGAUAUGAUCAAAAGUGUGUUCCCAUGGUGGGUGAUGUGGUAACACAACACAUUGGGUUCUUUGAAAAUGCAUUCUUGCCAUAUUUGCCUAAUGUGGCCAUGGCAGAAUAUCUUGUUUCCAUCGAAAAGAAUACAAAUGCCGAGUUUCAGAGAUUUUUGGAAGAGGCAUCAAAGGGUCCCCAAAUGCGACGUUUACCUCUGCGCCAUUUCCUUAUGAACCCUGUAACACGCCUGCAACGUUACCCUCUUCUCAUUGACGCUAUCAUCAAAAAAACCGAUGAAGACCAUGAAGAUUACGCGUUUUUGGUUCACUGUCGACAGGUUAUCGCCAAGUAUGCCAAACAAGCUGAUGCGUUAACCGAAGGCACCAAACAAAAAUUGGAAAUUAGAAAGAUCAAUGAUUGUCUGAUAUACAAACAGGGAGAACAAAUAGAUCUGGCUUUACUCGACCCACAGCGUAAACUGCUUUACCGUGGUGAUCUCAAACGUCGCAAUAACGGCAUUGAAGUCACCGAAAAAUCUGAUAUUCACGCUUUUAUUUUUGACCAUGUUCUAUUGCUGACAAAGCAGCGGAAGACAAGCGUUGGUGAAGAGUUCAGGGUCUGGAAGCGACCAAUUCCCUUGCAGAUGCUAUUUGUCCAAGGAAGUGGAGAUAUGGCAGGUAUAACCGGAAUGGCAGGAAUAACAUCCACAAAUGCAGGCCAAACCACUGCAUUGAUGUUCUAUCAUCUUGGGCAGCGAGGGGGUAUAUACAAUUUCUUCUGCAACAGAAUGGAAGACAAAAUAAACUUGAUUAAUUCAAUCGAGAAAGCCAAGGCCGAGUUGAAGAAGAAGCAGGGAGAAGACAAUGUGUUUGAAUUGAAGACAUUAGAUGAUUCGAGCUUCCGUUACCUAACUUCUGGUAAUUCAUCUGGCGGGCAAGGAAAGAUCAAUUGCUCGAUUCCAUUUGUUUCAAUUGAUGGCGAGGAAAAGGUUGCUAUCGGUACAGAAACAGGUGUUAGUUUCAAAUCGCUUUCUACCAACAUUAUCCGGACUGUGAUCGUGUGCGGUAAUGUGACAGAGUUAGAUCUGCUCGAAAAGCACCACAUCCUAUUGGUCUUGACAGAGAAAACUCUCAAGGCGUAUCCUAUUGAUGCACUCGAUUCACCUAACAAUACAAAGCCACCAGAGAAAUUGUGUUGUGAGAUCAAUCAGGGAGUUGGAUUUGUGCAGACUGGACAUUGUAAUAACAAGGAUCUUAUGCUAUACAUGAGACGAAAGAACAACCAGAGUUUAUUCUCUGUGAUGGAGCCAAUCGCUGAUUUGCGUGACCCCAAGAAUGCAAAACUCAUGCCUCAAAGAUCUGGCCUAUUCUCGCAAAAAAGUCCACAGCUGUGGUUUAAGAAGUAUAAAGACUUCUAUGUGGGUGCAGAAGCCAGCCAUGUUCAUUUUUUGAAACAUAAGAUUAAUGUGGUGUGCGUGCGUGGAUUUGAGAUUAUUGAUCCAGAGAAUCUAAACAUGGAACGGAGCAUUCCUGAUUCUGAUGAUCCCCAAUUCAACUUUAUCCAGCGCCACACUGAACCACUUGUACCAUUGGCGAUGUACAGAGUUCAAACUAAAUUCUUGUUGUGUUACAGUAAAUUUGCUUUUUAUGUUAAUAACCGUGGUGGAUCGCUGGCGAACCGUGGAGCUGGAAGAACUCCAUUACUAUGCGAAUGGGAAGGAAACCCAGACCAUAUUGUAUACCAACACCCAUACAUAAUUGCCUUUGAUAAGCAAUUUAUCGAAGUUCGACAUUUUGAAACUGGUGAAUUGGUGCAAAUCAUCCCAGGUGAUAAUAUCCGCCUGACUUAUUACAACAACUCUGGAGAGGCUGCUAUAAUUCAUGGUUGUAUGAACAACUGUAACAAACCCCAUCGUCUUCAUGUGGUAUUCUCGUUGGACAAAGUGUCUGAGCAAUUCAUUAUUCUGGGAGCCUUGAUGGCUACCCAAGUUAAUGCUCAAGAUGCUGGAUUCGAUACAUCAAUCAAUCGCUUUGGAUCAACGUCUCGAGUUGUAAAUGAAACCGCAAAUAUGUUUUCAGUCGAGUAUCAUAACUGGUACAAGGUUGUGACGAAUAAUGUCAAGAAUGAGAAAUACGCCCUUGUUUGUUGUGGUCAAAGUUCUGCUUCCCUCACAGGUUUUGACGCUGUUAUUAAUAUACCAGUAACCUCGGUCGGUGUUGAUCGUGAGAAUACUGUUCUUUCCUACAUGGAGCUUCUAAACGUAACAGGCUCUGCUGUAUUCAUUACUGCCAAUUCGAAUGUGACUUCUCCAUGCUAUUCUAAUGUUCCUAAUUCACUCCCUUUGGUUGACAAUGUGGAUAUAAUCAUUGGAAACAAAGCUAGUUCUUCGCACCCUAAUUCCACACGAUAUGUGGAAUUUUCUCCUAAUGCUGAUGUAUUAUCACCCCUUCAGAGAGCAUCCUGGAUCGUAUAUCUUGGGUUCUUCUUUAACAAAGAGUUUGAGGCAUCAACUGUUCUUGGAAACAUUGCAACACUUUAUGAAUGUCAUGCUAGCAAUCUCGCCAACCCUCCCAGCCGCCCUACUGUAGCCCCCACUGUUUAUGAUGCAGGUUCUCGUACCUGGGGAUUUAACCGAAAUGCUUUUUAUGAGACACUUCUCCAUGAUGCUGGCGGUUCAAUCAAGUAUAUAAACUCUGCGCAAAAUGCUGUAGGCCUAAAUACCUUGGAAUUUGAACAUUAUAUUCACGAGGCAGACUAUGUUAUUGACAAUACACCAAUGGAAACACUUGGGGACUCGCCAUACGACAAAUGGGUAGAUUUGGGAAUGUUCAAAUCUAGUGCUUAUGAUGAGACAUUUUUGCAAGAUCGUACUGUAUUUCGAUGGGACGGUCUUGUCAAUAAGUUUGGCUUCGAUGACUGGUCUGAACGAUCAAUUGCUCGCCCUGAUUUGGCUUUGACAGAUGCGAUUCAUUUACUCUAUCCUACAUACAACCCUACCUAUCAAUUUACUUGGCUCCGCAAUUUUGCCAAGGCUGACACUCCCCGUACGGUGUCAGACUCUGAUUACCCAAGCUGUAGUGAUGUCCGCUUAAUGCUCAGUCAGACCUGUUCAUCCAACCCCAUGUUUAAGGAAAUCAAGGAAGAAAAGGAGCCUCUCAAGCCAAAAGAGAAAGCUGGUAUUUCUGUCGGUGUAAUUGUGUUCUUCGUCUUGCUUGUUGUAGCGUCAGUCUUUAUCUUCCGUCACUUCCGUCAAAAGUCCCAGAAGCAUCAGUUCAUCAAAAUGAGCGAGCUUUAAGUGCAAACGGUGAUAAUAACAAAAACAAACCCGAGUAUAUAUUAAGGGAGGCAGCCUGCUGCCUUUAUUAUUAUAUUUCAAAAUAUGACACCCUUAUUACUCACGAACAGAACUCCACGCACACUCACACCCACACCCACGCACUCACACAAGCUAUAUACACUCUUAAACAGAGAUAACAAAUAUCAUAAUAAUAAAUAUCAAGUAGCCAUUGCAUCC